AGCCAGGAUGGUCUCGAUCUCCUGACCUUGUGAUCCGCCCGUCUCGGCCUCCCAAAGUGCUGGGAUUACAGACUUGAGCCACCGCGCCCGGCCGGGACUUCUUGUUCUAAGAGCCCAGCACCUUCUCCCCUGAGCGUCCAGCUGCCCUGCAUGGGCUGGCCUGGCGGGCAGCGCUUCUCACCCCUCAGCCCCUGGAGCAGUGUCUGCACAUGGCAUCCUUUCACCUCCCCACAGUGAAGCCCGGUCUCCCCAUCCUUUGUUCUGAGCUCAUGUCCAGGCUGAUCAAGCUUCCCUCAGAUUUCAGUUGAAAGCAGCAGUUUUCCUUUGCUUCUUCUCUUAUGUUGGCCUGAGUAGGAUACAGCGUUCAUAGCUUCCCUGAGGACACUGGUGAUUGGCAUGCCUGAGCUGACAGGCCAUUCAUUGCAUAAAACCCCUUCUAUAUGCCUUUUCUGACUCCGCAAGGUGCUCCCUCCCUUUCGCCUACAAAUGCCGAGUGGUGUUGCGGAAUUGUGCUUUCACAAUAUCAAACCAUUCUAAACAUGCAGAAGCAGUGAGAGGUGCGAUCUCCUCCAGUGGCACAGAGGCCCAUCGCUCUAAAUCUCCUAAGUGCACUAGAGAAAGAGAGAUCAAUGUGAACCGGAACCAGUGUAAACUGGAACAGUAGGGGAGAUUUUAUGGCACAUGUAGAGUUUGCAUUUGGACCUGAAGUGUAGAAGGGAGUUUUGGAUGGGCGUGAGAGAGAAUGAGAAUUUGAGAACUGGGGGUAGAUGGGUGGUUAGGAGUGUUUACGGUUAGAGAGAAUAAGGUUGGUUAAGAAGAGUGAGCCAAGGUGAUGAGGGUAUUGUGCAUCUACUCAUAUCAAAUUUUGAUGCCUGCCAGAAUCACCUGGGGAGCUUUAAAAGCUCUUGGCACCUAAAUUACACCCUAGAAUGUCUAGCAGGUGGGAGCCAUGUAUCAGUGGUUUUUAAAAAUCCCAUGUGAUCUUUAAAAGUUUGGGAAUAAUUUUCCUCCUUUGUUUCCUACAAGUAUCUGAAGCUUUGCAGGAAGAGUUAGAAAGCAAUAGGACAGAAAGAGAAUGAAUGAGGAAGUGAGGAGGAACAGGUAAUGAUGAAAUAAAGAUCAAAUGAAGCCAGGGAAUAAAGUCAGCUCAUAACAUGCAUACUAUGAGAUGCCGUGCAGUUGCUACCAUGGGCCAGAAUUUUGACUCUGAGCUUCUUUGAAGCUAAAGCAAAAGGAAACCUGAGCAGUUCUGAAAGCCAUGAUAGGAGCCGAACGCUAUUUCAUGAAAAGCCCUGGGACUGGGGGCAGAAAGAAGUCUCUCCCGAGGCUCUUGGCAAAGAGGGCACCGUGUGGAGCUGUGGGCAGGGCUUUCAACGGUGUCCUCGCAAUCCCACAGACCAUUUCCUAAGUCACCCCUUAUGUUGGCUCUGGAGGUCAUUCAAGGCUGGAAUUAACUGCUCACAUCUCAUGUAGCAAGAAAAGUUGACCGUACUUCUUAAAUUCUUGAUUUUUAUCUGUAGCUGAUUUAAAAAUCCUCCCAUCUCCCUGGGCUGCUGACUCAUCUUAAACUAAUUAACCAGACUUGUCUGCUUGUAGAUACAGUGUCUGCAUUUUGUCUUUCCUGUGGUCAUUUCUUAUUGUCCUGGCAAUCAACUUGUCAUUUCCUUCAUUAGGCCAGGAGCUCGGAGGGACACUGCAUUGAUUAAGGCACAAACCAGCUUUAGCUUGUUACCAUUGUGUGCUUACAGCAAGUUCACCUGCUUUGGCCUCCACUCUGAGGCUGGGGUCACCACUCCUUCUAGAGCCUAGGCUUAGCCACCGGGCCCAUCUGCCAGUGGAAGCACUGCCCCUGGGUCUGGUCUGUUGACAUGGAGACCUGAGAGGCACUAUUUCCUGCCGAUGGGCAGGAGAGGGAGCUCUGUCCCCUCCUCCCUCCUCCCCCGUUCCCAGGCAGUUGGGAAAUACUGAUCCAGCCAGUCCUGCCUUCACCUUGGAACCAGUGUCGAGGGAGUAUGCCCCAGCAGAGUCCGUUCUAAUUGGCAAGUGGCCUCAAGUGGGCUGUGGGUCGGGUCAGGAUGGGGACCAACUUGGCAGACAGCCAUCAGGGCGGCCUCAGGGAGGUGUGUGGCCUGCCCAGGCAGGGCAUUCUCCACACACCUGCUUGGCCCUGGAGUGCGUGGCAGCGGAGUGUGCUGGCUGCUGGGGAGAGGGGCGCUGCAGCAGGGUGUGGGUGUGAGCGUGGGAGAGCUCCUGGGCCAUGUACUUGCCUACGCUCUGCUCUGUGUACUGACACAUGAGUCUCAGGCUGUAGGUAAUUUGGGGACGGGGCUGAGAUGUGAUGUGUGUAUGUUUCUAGGCGCUUGCUUGUGUGAUUGCCAGUCUCUGUGUGUGUUUGGGGCACACAUACGUGGAAUAGUCCCUCAGCAACGGGACUGCCCAGGGAGAAGCCGUGUGCAUGCAUGGUGGGCAGGGGUGUGCACCCAUGUGGGGAGUAGCGACCCAGCUGCCUGUAAGGGCCCUGGGCUUGGGGGUGCGUGUGUGGGGUCUCUACCUCCACCUGCUGUCCGUGGGGCUGCGGGCUUUCCUGCUUUGCUUCCUUGUGCUUCUCCGAGAGCUGUGUGUGUGUGUGCAGGAAGCAGGCAGGGCUGUGCUCACGGUGGCUCGCUCUGUGGCUCUCACGGCCCAUAUCUGUAGUGUCUACGUCUUCCUUCAGGGGGUUGCCUGGUCUGCCCAGCUGGUGGGGAGCUGGGUGAUGCUGCACAUAUGGCUCUGCUGUGCCUUACUGGAGACCCUCAGACGCGUUCCUUUACUCCCGCUGUGUGAGCAGGCGGCCAGGUGGCUGGUGUGGGCCGGCAUGCAGGCUGGCAGAGGCCUGGCUCGGGUGUGGGGUGUGGCGAUCUUUGUGCAGCUGUGUGCCCACACGGUCUUCCUGAGCAUGUACCUGUGCAUGCACAUCUGCUUUGCCGCCAUCAGCUCUCAGGUCCGUGUGAGAGUGCACGCGCCGUUCUGUGUCUCACUGCCUUUGAAGGUCCGUGCCCCUCUGAACCUGGGCAUCAAAGUGGGUCUGCAGGGCCGGAAGCAUGGCAGAGCCAUUGGGGAGGCAGGUGCGCCUCAGGGGGAGAUGUUGGGGAAGCAGGAACCCCAGGCGUCCAGGAGCCCCAAGCCCACCAGGAGAAGGGAGGUGUCACGGAGUGAGCUCAGCCCAGGUGGGUAAGGGAAGGGGCUGCUCUGUGCCCCUUGGACUUGUCCCCAGCCUCAGGUGCUAGUGCCCUCCUCCUGCAGCCAGGCCAGGCUUGGAGCUGCAUCUCCUCCUGCACAGCCAAGCUCAUGUAGGGGCCCCGCCCCUCCCUCACUGGGCACUGGCACCUCUUUCCUAGGCUGAGUGGCCUCUGGGGAAGGCACAGGUGAAUGACAGGGGCAGAUUCCAGUCCUUGCCCUCUGUCCUGUGCGAAUAGGGCUGUUCAUGACAGUGUUGGGUUGGGAGUCUUUUUCCUCCGCUGCCCUUGCCUGUCUGUACACCUGCCACCCUCUGUGUUUGUGCCUUUGCCUUGCAGCAGCUCCUUUCCUCCCCUCUCGUCUCCUGCCCUUCCUGGCGGGCUGUUUCUCUUCUGGCUUCUCCAGGUGUUCCUCUCUUCUCGGCCACUGUGGGUUCUGCCCUGGGACUCCUUCAGCCUGGGCUGCCUCUUUUCCUACCCAGCCCCCUGUCUGAGUGCCCCCAGGUGUGCCUGGUCACGUUCUGCUCACCCCCCGCACUCUCU